GCCCGGUGGCGUGCGCGUGCGCGGUGCGGGGCGAUGACAAGCCGGGAGGCGUGCGCCUGCGCGGUGCGGGGCUGAGGCCGUAGCCUGGGGGUACGCGUGCGUACUCGGGUAGAUUCCCGUUUAGUCCGGUUCUGGCCCAAUUGUCCUCGCAGGGACCAUAACAGGCCGAAGCGCUGCGUCUGCGGGAAGAGGCGAGGUUCAGUUAAGUCUUCAGAAAAUACAACAUAAGAAUGGCUUCUAAAAGGGCUCUGGUCAUCCUGGCUAAAGGAGCAGAGGAGAUGGAGACGGUUAUCCCUGUAGAUGUCAUGAGACGAGCUGGAAUUAAGGUCACCGUUGCAGGCCUGGCUGGAAAAGAUCCGGUGCAGUGUAGCCGAGAUGUUGUCAUUUGUCCCGACGCCAGCCUGGAAGAUGCCAAAAAAGAGGGACCUUAUGACGUGGUGGUUCUGCCGGGAGGCAAUCUGGGCGCACAGAAUUUAUCGGAGUCUGCUGCUGUGAAGGACAUCCUGAAGGAGCAGGAGAAGAGGAAGGGCCUCAUAGCAGCCAUCUGUGCAGGUCCCACGGCUCUGUUGGCUCAUGAGAUCGGUUUUGGAAGCAAAGUUACGACGCACCCACUUGCUAAAGACAAGAUGAUGAACGGAAGUCAUUACAGCUACUCAGAGAAUCGCGUGGAAAAGGACGGUCUGAUCCUCACCAGCCGGGGGCCUGGAACCAGCUUCGAGUUUGCUCUGGCCAUUGUCGAGGCCCUGGCCGGCAAGGAGGUGGCCGACCAAGUGAAGGCCCCGCUUGUUCUGAGAGACUAGAGCUGAGCGGGCUGCCGGGAACCCCUCCACCCGAGGGUGCUUUAAACCCAGAGGGUGGCUCCGUGCCUGCCCCCGAGGCGAGCUUGUGACCCGACAGCUGCAGAUGCUCUCCCCACAGUCGUGUCCCCACAUUUCAGACCCUGCUUCCCGAAUAAAUAGGGCAUUUAGCAAACUA